GCCUCCCGGGCUCCGCCGAGCUGAGGCUGCGGCGCCCGGCCGCGCUGCGCGCUCGCCGGCGCCUGGCCGCCGCGAUGAUGAAGAAGAAGAAGUUCAAGUUCAAGGUGGACUUCGAGCUGGAGGAGCUCUCCUCCGUGCCCUUCGUCAACGGGGUGCUGUUCUGCAAGAUGCGCCUGCUGGACGGCGGCAGCUUCAGCGCCGAGUCGUCCAGGGAAGUGGUGCAAGCAAACUGCGUUCGCUGGAGAAAGAAGUUCUCAUUUAUGUGCAAGAUGAGCGCGAGCGCCGCCACGGGCGUCCUGGACCCCUGUGUCUACCGAGUGUCUGUUCGGAAGGAGUUAAAAGGUGGAAAAGCUUAUGCAAAGCUGGGCUUUGCGGAUUUGAACCUGGCAGAGUUUGCUGGAUCAGGAUAUACCACUCGCCGCUGUUUACUGGAAGGCUAUGAUACCAAAAAUACAAGACAGGAUAAUUCCAUUCUUAAGGUUUUGAUCAGUAUGCAACUGAUGUCUGGUGACCCGUGUUUUAAAACGCCUCCUUCUACGUCGAUGUCCAUACCAGUUGCCGGUGAGUCUGAGUCUCUGGAAGAAGACAGAAAAGGUGGAGAGACCCUCAAAGUUCACCUCGGAAUAGCAGACCUGUCAGCAAAGAGCACGUCGGUUCCCGAUGAGCUGGGCGCCUGUGGACAUUCCAGAACGUCGAGCUACGCCAGCCAGCAGUCCAAAGUGUCAGGAUACAGCACGUGUCAUUCCCGGUCAUCUAGUUUCUCCGAGUUCUGCCACAGGAGAAAUACCUCAGUGGGAAGUACCUCAACAGGAAUUGAAAGCAUUCUAGAGCCCUGUGAUGAAUUGGAGCAGAAAACAGCAGAACCGAAUCUUGAAAGCGCUGAUAAAGAAGAUGUGGCCUCUGAAAAACUCAACAGAUGCCCGGUGAAACAGGAUUCUGUAGAAUCUCAGCUGAAGCGAGUGGAUGACACCAGAGUGGAUGCAGACGAUAUUGUGGAGAAAAUACUGCAGAGCCAGGACUUCAGCCUCGACUCCAGUGCAGAAGAAGAAGGCCUGAGGUUAUUUGUGGGGCCUGGGGGAAGCACAGCCUUUGGCAGUCACCACCUUCCAAAUAGGGUGGGGUCUGGAGCUUAUGAACAAGUUGUGAUCAAACGCUAGGAGCCGCGCCGGCGACCUGACGCUUCCCGUGGACUUCAGGAUCUAACUAUAGUUCGGGCUGGCCUUGAACUCACAUCGAU